AUGGACUUGGCCGACUCGGCAAUCAAGUCUCAGCAAGGAGUGACUCUAUUGCCGGCGCAUACACCAGGAACUCAAGGAAAGGUGCGGUCUUCGACAUUACACUCGACAGUUGGAUCCGAGAAUCAAGGUCAGACUCUCGACAAACAUGAGCUUCUUUCCUUUGUGCCGGGACCAGUGCAAUCCACGGCAGCCGAGCUGUUCGAGGCGCACCGGGAUCCAUUCCGUGGCGGAUUCGCGGCCCCAGACGGGCCACACAUAAGGAUAUCCGAUGCGAAACAAGACGUCUUUUUUCCCACUCGAGAAGAUUUGCCCAAGAUUUCGGCUGCUACACAACAGAUCAUCGAGAAGCUCUGCACAUCUCUGCGGAAGCGACUGCGAUAUCGGGACUUGAUCCCCCUCGAAAAGAUAUACGCGACCUAUCAAGAGCUGCCCGAACCUCGCAUGCUGCAUCUCACAGCAGGCUGGAGGAAAGAACUUUUGCGAGUCAUGGGAUUGCCAACGAAAAGAGAAUCAGCUGGUAUGCUCCGCUACUUUUCGCUAGUGGCUGAUGUGAAGAAUGCUGGUCUCACACUCAACCAGCGUCAAUGGAACUAUGCGCUUGCGUUUGCCGCCAAGUACACUGCCAGGGUCCAAACACGACAGCUCGAAUCUGCGAUGCGACUGUGGUCUGAAAUGGAGCGAGAAGGAAACCAGCCCGCUAAUGAAGUCACCUUCAACAUUCUUUUUGACGCCGCGGCCAAAGCCGGCAGCUUCGCGUUGGCUGACACGUUGUACAAGGAAAUGGAGAAUCGGGGCAUAAAGUUCAAUCACUUCCACCACGUUACACUUAUCUACUACUUUGGCCUGCAGAGGGAUUCCGAUGGCGUCAGAGCUGCAUACAAGGAAAUGGUGGAAGCUGGCCAGCUGGUGGACACGAUUGCCUUGAACUGCGUCAUCUCGGGACUGCUCCGCUGCGGAGAGGAGGGAGCCGCUGAAGACACAUAUCAGCGGAUGAGGGCCGGAGGAACCAGUGUUCCCCAGAGACCAGAAAAGGACUACAUGGUUUCCAAGGUCAUCACCAAAGCUCUCAUGAUGCUGUCCAAAGUGGCCAAGGAGCACCCUUCACUCAAGGCCAACUUGCAACGAGGUGUUUGCAUAUCGCCAGACCUACGCACAUUCAAACUCUUUAUUGAACACUACGCUGUUCGUGUAGGCGACCUGGGCAAGGUGGUGUACUUUUUGGACGACAUGAAGGCGCAGGGUGUUGUCCUGCACCCGACCAUUUUCAUGGGCAUCUUCCGAGGCUUCUUCCUCAACGGCGGACAUCCCGGCUCAGAAUGGAGCGAGCAACGCCUAGACAGCGUCGUGCAUGCAUUUUACCAGGCGCAGGACGAGAUGGGAGAGCAUUUCCGCAUCGACAAAUGGGCCGUCAUCUGGUUGUUGAAAGCCGUUAAGCGCUGCUGCUCGCGGCAGAAAUUGGAAAAGGCCUUUGACGAGAUUUCCGUACGCUGGGAUGUACCGAUAGAGCGCCGAUUGGAGGUUCUUACCAUCUGCGACAAAAUCGUUGGCAAAACCGACGACAUUGCGGCUUGGCGCAUCUUUGAGAGCACCACCAAGCUCAGGCAGAUGAUGGGUGAUAGAAUCAUCCAAUAA